AUGGUCAGAAAUCGAACGCUGACGGAGCGAAUAGUGGUUGGCGUUGUUCUUUUUUUCCGACACAUUCGCUACUUGGAAUUGAACAAAGCCCUUUGCCUGGCCGCUCGUAAUGGCUCCACGGCUGUGGUGGAGUUGAUCCUACUCAGGGCACGGCCCCCUCCCAGCCUUUAUUACACCGACGAGACUGGUAAGAAGGCCCUCCACCACGCUGUCUCAAAUGGAUCCCUGGAGAUGGUCAAAUUUCUAACUCGCGCUGGCUCCGUACUCAAUAGUUCUGAUUCAGAGGGCAAAACCCCACUACUACUUGCCUGUGCCCGUGGCUUCACUGACAUUGUGCGCUUCCUGAUAAGCGAGGGUUCUCAUGUGAACCUGUCUCGCAACCACAACGACGAACGAGCUCUUCACAUCGCAGCCGGGGCCGGGCAUGUUGAUGUGGUUCGGAUCCUCUUGGAAGAGGGCCGGGCCAACCUGGACGUGCAAACGUCAGUUAGUCGGGGCGGGGUGACCCCGUUGCACAAGGCCUGUCGAAACGGACAUACCGAAGUGGUAAAGCUUCUGUGCGAGCGAGGGGCCGACUUGGAGGUGAGGGACUCGGAAAACCGGAAGGCCGUGCACCUGGCCGCUGAGUCUGACUCCUUGCCCGUCGUGGAGCUGCUCAUCCGUCACGGGGCCGAGGUUCAAGUGUCUGACAAAUACGGCAUGUCUCUUCUUCAUUACGCCGUCAGUGUGAAGAACGUGGCGAUGGUGGAGAUGGUAUUGGACACUGGUAGGGUGGACGUGAAUGUACCCAACCUUCACGGAGAAUACCCCAUCCACAUUGCUAUCGUCCACAAAUUGGACAGGAUCGUAGAGUUGCUCGUGUCAGCUGGGGCGAACAUCCAUGUGAUGACCCCUCAUAACGAUACGCCUUUGCUGCUGGCCGCUUCCAUCGGCAGUUACCAUAUUGUGGACAUUUUGUUAAAAGAAGGCGCCGAUGUUAAUGCGAAAAGUGCAGAUAGUUCCACGGCCCUACACAAAGUACAGUACUCAAGAUGUAACAACACAGAAAGAGACAGAAUCUCCAACAUUCUCAUAGAGUAUGGUGCCAAUAUUAAUUGCCAGGACAACCGUGGAUUCACUCCUCUUCACUCUACAGCUUGCAAAUGUCUGAUGGGCCAAGUUUCUGUGUCUUCCUUAAGGAUUUUAGUUGGAGCUGGAGCCAAAGUUUCUCAUGAUAUACCAAAUCGGAAUUCUCCUCUUUGCUGGUUGGUAUGGAAUGGGGGUUACGAGGCAGCUCGCUUCUUAGUACAGGCUGGCUGGAACCUGAACCAAGAGGCUUGGAUUGAUUUGCCAGGAAAGACAGAGGAACAAUCCAUCUUCCACCAGUGGCUGAAGCAUAUGCGCUCCACACCCUGGACACUGGCCAGUUUGUGUCGGCAAAAUAUCCGUAAUUAUUUACUGGACAUUCGUGGAGGACAAGAGAUUGUGAGCACUGUGAGAGAACUCCCCAUUCCGACAAAGCUGAAGGGCUUCUUAACUUUGGCAGAGUAA